AUCAGUACAACAAGCACGCAACAAAUUGCCGUAAUUUCUGGUGCAGGAUCUUCGGCAAACACUAGUAAUCCUCGCAUUGGGCAACCAGUGGUCAGCGCAGCCGCAGGCGCUCCCACUGGGGCGCCACCGUUGUCGAUUGCGCAAGCCGCGACAAGUCUGCAACUUGCACGGAAACUUCCGGCCGGCGCGCAUCGUGAGGCGGGUAUCACGCGCGAACACCGCGACGAGUGCAUCGCGUUGCUGGAGAAGUCUGGAUUUGGCAUACGCGAUGCGUUUGACCUGGAGAACGCCAUUUUUCACUAUGUCAGCCGCAAGCAAGACCGCAAACUCUACGACAAGUACGUGAGGGACAGUCGCGCGCGCAUACGCCAGCAGCCGCGCAUCCUCGACAUGCUUCGGAGGAGUGAGCUGGCGGUGGAACACCUUUUCUUACUUCCUGUAGAGUUCUUCCUGCCCGUAGAGGAACAAGAUAAACUUCUCCACGAACAAGAGAACAAGUCUUUCGUCAACGAAUCCUACGGAGAUGACAUGAAGGUACAGCUUAUCAAGAUAAUAUCUGUUAUUUUUGGUGCUAUUCUUUGGCUUCAAAGCUUGAUUUUGGACGCUUAUUGGAACCUAUCCUUCCACAAACGAAGGAGAACGUUCGAGCGACUAGGAAGUUGUGGUGGAAAAAAGAAAUCGAUGGUUUUUGAACAAAUACGCAUCACUGGAAUACUUCUCAUCUUCCGCAGCAACAAUCACCAUCACCAUUUACUUAUUCAAUUUUGAACUGAACAACAACAAUCAUGAACAAUUUACUUUUACAGGGAACGCUUAUCAAAGACGGCACAAAGUGUCCGAAGUGUGGCACCAUAGGGCGCAUUUACUCGAAAACGGUUCAGCGUGGAUGGCAUAAUGACCAUGGCGACCCUGUCACUAGUUAUCGCUGCGAUGCUUGUGAUUACCGCUGGCGGGAAGGAGCGGACUGAUAUGCCCUUAACGUCGGAGUUGGACGACGCUCGAUCCCCUUAACGUCUAUGUCGCUCUCCUCAUCUCGUUCUCGCUUCCCGUUCCCAAUUAAGUAGCAUCGCGGUAAUUCAUUCGCUUUCCCUGGACUUCUUGACGGUACUAAGCAUACCCCUAAUUUUGUCCCGCACGCUUUCAUUCUCAUUAGCCUUACCAACUCCAAGAUCAGCACAUGAAAUUUUCAACUUUUUCUUGAAUCGCGCAUUUCAGCUAAAGAGGCCGAAGAGGCUAGUAUUGACUCGUUCUUCAUCUGAU